GAUCCAAGCUUUCUAUAUCUUUGCUGCUCUUGAGGCGCCAUCUAAGACCCGACAGGCAUUCAGAAAGUACCACUGGCAUAUCCAGACGCGGAUGGCCCGCGAGUAAGCUGCUUUACCCCAUCCCACACCGCACAUCAUCACGAUGCCGUAUACCCUCGAUCAUUUUCAACACUUGCAACAUUCUGGAGUGGCCCCGGAUGUCGUUAGAAUGCCCGAGGACCAACUUGGACUUGUUGUACACAGGUCUGACUGGGCAUUGGAACGCAAGGCAAACGUGUUCGUAUGGUGGCCUACCGGAGAGCUCAUUGCCUGUUUCAAUGACGCUGUCACUCCGGUUACAGUGCAGACGCUACUUCGCUGGCUAGACGGGGAUAUCGGAUAG